UUUAUUCACAAGCAUACGUUAGUUACAUUGUCACCUUCCAUCCGGUUACUUCACCGUAUCCUCGUUAUCCUCUUUGCAAUCGGGGGUAUCUUAUUCUGCGAUAAAUAAUUUUUUAUAAAAUUUACAAGCUUAUUUUUCGAUUUAAUUAUUUUUCUUAACUUCUAUCAAACUGUUUCGACGGAGAUUCCGGUGAGUUUUCUUCAAUAAUAAAAUUUAAAAAAUAAUCAAUAAUUAAUUUAUUAAAAUAAUUGAUUAUUAUUCUAAUUUAAUAAUUGAAAUUUUUAUUUUUAACGCUCGACAAUUUUUCGCUAACCGAGAUAAUGUCUAAUAGACCGGUGAGCGCGACGACGAGACAGGAGGCAGAGAUGAUCAACAAGGCCCAAAGGGCCUUGCAUACUGCCGAAGACGCGAUCGACAAACUUCGGCUGCUUUGUUUGGCCAGGGGAGCUGGGGGAAUCCUCGGACUUGCGAGGAUAUUUCGGCGCAUGGACGAGGAUGGGAACAAACAGCUGAGCAAAGAAGAAUUAAUUGAAGGGUUCGAAGCUAUGGGCUUUGAAUUUGACGAAGAAGAAGUUGAUGAAAUUAUUUCCAAGUUGGAUACUGACGAAAGUGGGACGAUUGAUUUGACUGAGUUUAUUGCUGCUAUUAGACCUCCGAUGUCUGAGAGCCGAAUAAAACUAGUAGAGCAGGCGUUUCAAAAACUCGAUAAGACUGGUGACGGUGAGAUAACAGUCGCUGAUCUCCGCGGAGUUUACAAUGUCAAAUGUCAUCCAAGAUAUAUAAGCGGGGAGGAGAGCGAGGAGAGUAUUUUGAACAAAUUUUUGGGAAAUUUCGAGCAAGAGAGCACCAAAGACGGCAUUGUUACAAUGGAAGAAUUUAUGAAUUAUUACAGCGCAAUAAGUGCUAGUAUUGAUCACGACGCAUACUUCGAUCUCAUGAUUCGCAAUGCUUACAAAUUAUAAAUUAUAAAUUUACUGCUCUGAUUAGAAGUAUUUUGAGCAGAAUUUUAUGAAGAAAUAUUUAUAAAAAAAUUAGUGCAUGCCUAUGAGUGUUCAUAAAAGUAAUUCAAGUACUCGACGUUAAAAUAUUUUUUUUUAUAAACAUUCAGAUUUUGACUAUCAACAUUCCAUUAUUAUCUUCAUUAAAUUAAAUAACUUUUUACACAGCUUA